AUGCGCUUCAAGCUCGCCCGUGUGCACCCUUGGUGUCCUCGGAUCCGAUAUGCACAGCACAAGCAGCCAGCACAGGCAUUUUUAUGCCGCAAGUCAUGGCCCCAAAAGCAGGUCCGCAUGUCUUUUGCAGAUAUCCGUACACGCCCGACACACACCCCAAAUCCACCCAGCAUUGACGACAUGAACCACGCCCGCGCCCACAUUCGCCCUGUCUUCCCACGAGGUACCUUGCGCCGUAGUCGUACCAUCAGGGGGCAGACCCGAAUUGGACUCCACGAGCAUCCCCCGACGACUCAGGCGCCCAACAACGCCGUUGCGGCGUACAGGGGCCCCAACUUUGGCACCAGUUCCUUGGGAAACUUCCCCCCCUUACAGACGGUUGCCGCAACGAUUGACGGAUUUACAGCGGCUUCGCCUGAAAGUUCCACACCCCACCGAUGGCCGCUGGCGGCUGGGUUUUGGGGCGUAGAGUUGAUGUUAUCGGAUGAGGCGUUAGGGGCCCUCUCCAUCUCUUUCUCCGCCCGACGUGAGCAACCCUCCGCAGGCGUGCUGCUGGCGUGCUGGGCCUCCCGUGUACUCGCUAGGAGGUUUUAG